AUGGCGUUUGUGUGUCAGAAUGAUGAGAUCCGCUAUUCUAUCCCCGAGGAGAUGAAGAAGGGAUCUGUGAUCGGUAAUAUAGCCCAAGACUUGGGACUGGACCUGAAAAGGCUCCGUUCUGGCCGGGCCCGUAUCGUGACGGGGGACGGCAUUCACUACGCCGAGCUGAAUACGGACAAAGGGAUUCUGGUGGUGAACGAGAGGAUAGACAGAGAGCAGCUCUGCGGUGACGUCACGCCGUGCAGCUUCAGCUUGGAAAUGAUAUUAGAAAACCCCAUCGAGCUUCACCCUGUGAAAAUAACGAUCCAGGACCAGAACGAUAACGCCCCUCAGGUUCUGUACCCAGUCCAGACCAGCAGCUCUCUGGUGGCUGAAAUGGUGCCUCGUUCAGCAGAUGUGGGCUAUCUGGUGACUAAAGUGGUGGCUGUUGAUGUGGACUCUGGACAGAAUGCCUGGCUCUCCUAUAAGCUGCAGAAAGCCACAGACAGGGCGCUGUUUGAAGUGGGCUUACAGAAUGGGGAAAUAAGGACUAUCCGCCAAGUCACUGAUAAAGAUGCUGUGAAACAAAGGCUGACUGUUGUAGUGGAGGACAAUGGGCAGCCCUCUCGUUCAGCUACAGUCAAUGUUAACGUGGCGGUGGCGGACAGCUUCCCUGAAGUGCUCUCGGAGUUCACUGACUUUACGCACGACAAGGAGUACAAUGACAACCUGACUUUUUACUUAGUCUUGGCUUUGGCUGUAGUGUCCUUUCUCUUCAUCACCUGUUUAGUGGUCAUCAUAUCAGUGAAGAUAUACAGAUGGAGACAGUCUCGCAUCCUCUAUCAUUCCAGUCUGCCGGUGAUUCCCUAUUAUCCACCACGUUACUCAGACACUUUGGGGACAGGGACUCUCCAGCACGUGUACAAUUACGAGGUGUGCAGGACGACUGACUCCAGAAAGAGUGACUGUAAGUUCGGCAGAGCCGGUAGUCAGAACGUGCUGAUAAUGGACCCCAGUUGUACAGGAACGAUGCAGCGGAUCCAGAAUGAAAAGAACAUCCUGGAUGAGCCAGACUCUCCUGUAGAGGUGAGUUCUUUGGAUUGA